UUCGUUCCCCUCAGUCUGUUUGAACAGGAAGGCGGACAUAUUUGUGUGAGUCUGCCCUCCUUGACUAGCUGCUGAGGCAGCGGCGGCCGCCCCGGGGCCUCGCCGUUCUUCUCUUCGCCUCCUUCGGUUCGGCUUCCCUCACGAUUUGGGAGCAGCGGCUCCUCCUCCUCCGCCAGUCGCAGCUGCGGAACAGGGGCGGCAGCAGCAGCAGGGUCGAGCGGAGUCGGGAGUCCAGCGGCCGCACCAGCUUCUCUCCCCCCCACCCCACCCCCACCGCCCGCCCCGAGAGAGAAAGAGAGACGUGAAGCCCGGCGGAGUGCGAGGGAGCGCGGCUGCUGUCGGGAAAGAAAGAGCGGGGAGGAGGAGGAGAGAGAGCGGCAUAGAGGCGACGAGCGGCCGCGGAGGACCUGAGGAGGGGAAAGGGGAAAAAAGGAGGCGCGGGAAGGGAAGAUGCCUUAGCCGUUACGCGGCCGUUGCUGGAGCCGCGCGUGUCCAGAGGGCAAGGCGGAGGCGGCCGCCCUUCUCUUUCUCUCUCCCCACCCCCGUGUCGCGGCCUAUUCUGCAGCUGGCAACCUCCCGCCUCCCCCCGCUGCUGCAGCUCGGCGAAGCCGUGCCCUCCUCCUCCCUCAGGCCCGCGUCUCCACGGAGGGAGCUGCCCGGCCCCCGCCGCCGCCGCCGGUGACGCUCUGCUGAGAAAGUUUCCUGUUUUCAUGCUAGGCCUCUCCUCUCUCUUUUUUCCCCUUUCCUCCCCUUGUUUCAAAGAAGUUGCUGCUGGGUAGCUGGCAUCGGAGAGGAGGAGGAGGAGGAACCGCUACGCUGGCUGCCAGGGCGGCUGGGAAAAUGUGGCUGCAGAGGCACGGGGGCCCAGGCUGGAGGCGAGAGGAGACUGGCAGGGCUGUGGCUGCAGCCUAGGCGCUGAAGAAGGGGCAGCGGGGAAGGACUGCUCCGCAUCCCCAACCCCCCCCCCUACGGGAGGGGGUAGCGCCUUUGCUCCCGUUUUCGGCUUUAGCUCUCUUUCGCGCGAGGAUGUGUGGCAGGGAGAGCAUGAGGGACAACCCCAGCGCAUCCCCAGACCUCCUUUGAGAAAGGAGGACUAGGAGAGCCAGCUCAGGGAGCACUCCUGUUUCGUUUUUUCUUUUCGUUUUUUCUGUGGAUUAAUAAAGCGAUCACCUCUUCAGCACCAUGUCGACGGGAGAAAGCUUUGACUCUCGGUUUGAGAAAAUCGGAAUGAUGAUAAAGGAUCCCAAAUCUGAAGUGAACUCGGACUGCUUAUUGGAUGGAUUAGAUGCAUUGGUGUACGAUUUGGACUUUCCUGCCUUAAGAAAAAAUAAAAACAUAGACACCUUUUUAAACAAAUAUAAAGACACAAUAAACAAAAUCAGAGAUCUGCGUAUGAAAGCUGAAGAUUAUGAAGUGGUGAAAGUGAUUGGCAGAGGUGCAUUUGGGGAAGUUCAGUUGGUAAGACACAAGUCAUCACGGAAGGUUUAUGCCAUGAAGCUUUUGAGCAAGUUUGAAAUGAUAAAAAGAUCAGAUUCUGCAUUCUUUUGGGAAGAAAGAGAUAUCAUGGCAUUUGCGAAUAGCCCUUGGGUUGUGCAGUUAUUUUAUGCAUUCCAAGAUGACCGCUACCUUUACAUGGUGAUGGAAUACAUGCCUGGUGGGGACCUAGUGAAUUUAAUGAGCAACUAUGAUGUUCCUGAGAAAUGGGCAAGAUUUUAUACUGCAGAAGUUGUUCUUGCAUUAGAUGCAAUUCACUCAAUGGGCUUUAUUCACAGAGAUGUAAAGCCUGAUAAUAUGCUGCUAGAUAAAUCUGGUCAUUUAAAACUAGCAGAUUUUGGUACCUGUAUGAAGAUGAAUAAGGAAGGCAUGGUACGAUGUGAUACAGCUGUUGGAACGCCAGACUAUAUAUCCCCAGAAGUAUUAAAAUCUCAAGGUGGUGAUGGUUACUAUGGACGAGAAUGUGACUGGUGGUCAGUUGGUGUCUUUUUGUAUGAAAUGCUUGUGGGGGAUACACCUUUUUAUGCAGAUUCUUUGGUUGGAACAUACAGUAAAAUUAUGAACCAUAAGAAUUCUCUUAGCUUUCCAGAUGAUAAUGAUAUUUCAAAAGAUGCAAAAAAUCUUAUUUGUGGCUUUUUAACUGACAGGGAAGUCAGAUUAGGCCGAAAUGGUGUGGAAGAAAUCAAGCGACACCCUUUCUUCAAAAAUGACCAGUGGUCUUGGGAAAACCUUAGAGACACUGUAGCACCUGUUGUGCCUGAUUUAAGUAGUGAUAUUGAUACUAGUAACUUUGACGAUUUGGAGGAAGAUAAAGGAGAAGAAGAAACAUUUCCUAUACCAAAAGCAUUUGUUGGCAACCAGCUGCCUUUUGUAGGAUUUACUUACUACAGUAACCAUCAGUAUUUAUCUAGCUGUACAGCAAACUCAAAUGACAACAGAGCAAGCACCAAUGUAGAUAAAAGUUUGCUGGAAUCUCUGCAGAAAACUAUCUAUCAACUUGAAGAACAGCUACAUAAUGAAAUGGAACUGAAAGAUGAAAUGGAACAAAAAUUCAGAACGUCAAACAUUAAAUUAGAUAAGAUAAUGAAGGAAUUAGAUGAAGAGGGCAGUCAGAGAAAAAAUUUGGAAUCAACAGUUACUCAGGUUGAAAAGGAAAAUAUGCUUCUGCAACAUAGAAUAAAUGAAUAUCAAAGAAAAUUUGAUCAGGAGAAUGAGAAACGUCGAAAUGUAGAAAAUGAAGUGUCAACGCUAAAAGAUCAGUUGGAAGACUUAAAAAAAAUCAGUCAGCAUUCACAUAUUACAAAUGAAAAAAUAACGCAGUUGCAAAAGCAACUUGAAGAGGCCAAUGAUUUACUGAGGACAGAGUCAGAUACUGCAGCAAGAUUGAGAAAGAGUCACACAGAAAUGAGCAAGUCAGUAAGUCAGUUUGAAGCCCUAAACAGAGAAUUGCAAGAGAGAUGCAGAAUCCUGGAAAACACAAAAUUACAAGUGGAAAAAGACUAUUAUCAACUUCAAGCUGCAUUGGAAGUGGAAAGAAGGGAUAGGAGUCAUGGAUCAGAAAUUAUUGGAGAGCUACAAGCUCGGGUUACAUCUUUACAAGAAGAAAUCAAAGGUUUAAAGAACAAUCUUGAAAGAGUGGAAGAAGAAAGAAAGCAGGCCCAGGACAUGUAUAAUAAUUCUGAAAAGGAAAAGAAUAAUUUAGAAAUUGAUCUAAACUACAAACUCAAAAUAUUACAGCAGCGUUUAGAGCAAGAAGUAAAUGAGCAUAAUAUAAAUAAAGCUCGUUUAACUGACAAGCACCAGUCAAUAGAAGAGGCCAAGUCAGUUGCAAUGUGUGAAAUUGAAAAAAAGGUGAAAGAAGAGCGAUCAGCAAGAGAGAAGGCAGAAAAUCGAAUAGUCCAGAUUGAAAAACAAUGUUCCAUGCUAGACUUUGACUUGAAGCAAUCUCAACAGAAGCUGGAGCACCUUAGUGAGCAGAAAGAGAGACUAGAAGAUGAGGUUAAGAAUAUCACACUUCAGCUGGAGCAUGAGAUUAAUAAGAGAGUGAUGACACAGAAUGACCUGAAGAUUCAUGCUAUAGAGGCAGAUAACUUAAAAAGUUCUGAGAAGCAGCUAAAACAGGAGAUCAACACGUUGUUGGAAGCAAAGAGAUUAGCAGAAUUUGAGUUGGCUCAACUGGCAAAGCAGUACAGAGGGAAUGAAGGCCAGAUGCGUGAACUGCAAGAUCAACUAGAAGCCGAACAGUACUUUUCUACUCUAUACAAAACUCAGGUUAAAGAACUUAAAGAAGAAAUUGAGGAGAAGAAUAAAGAAACUCAGAAAAAAAUACAGGAAUUACAAAAUGAGAAAGAAACUCUUGCUGCACAGUUAGAUCUGGCUGAAACAAAAGCUGAAUCUGAGCAGUUGGCCCGAGCUCUCCUUGAGGAGCAGUAUUUUGAAUUGACUCAGGAGAGCAAGAAAGCCGCAUCACGAAACAGACAAGAAAUUGCCGAUAAGGAUAAUAUUGUAAGCCGGCUUGAAGAAACAAAUAAUACAUUAACCAAGGAUGUGGCAUUUCUAACAAAAGAAAAUUCUGAACUAAAUGAGAAGAUUAAGAAACUGGAGGAAGAUUAUAUAUUGAAAAAGGAAGAAGAAAUAAAUACUAUAAAAAUGCAAUAUGAAAAGAACUUGAACACUGAAAGAACCCUUAAAACACAGGCUGUCAACAAACUGGCUGAAAUUAUGAAUCGAAAAGAUUUUAAGCUAGAUAGAAAGAAAGUAAACAUGCAAGACUACAAGAAAAAAGAGAAGGAAAAUCGGAAGUUACAAUUGGAACUUAACCAAGAAAAAGAGAAAUUUAAUCAGAUGGUAAUAAAAUACCAGAAGGAGCUUAAUGAAAUUCAAGCGCAAAUUGCGGAAGAGUCUGCACAUAAGAACGAACUUCAGAUGCAGUUGGAUAGCAAGGAAAGUGAUAUAGAACAACUGCGCAGUAAAAUUAAUGACUUACAACUAGGCAUGGACUCAACUAGUGUUGCCAGCCUUCCACCAGAUGACACUGAUGGAAAUGUUAUAGAGUCAAGAAUGGAGGGCUGGCUUUCAAUACCAAACAAAGGAAAUAUAAAACGUCAUGGAUGGAAGAAACAGUAUGUUGUGGUCAGCAGCAGAAAGAUUUUGUUUUAUAAUGACGAACAGGACAGAGAACAUUCUAAUCCAUCCAUGGUAUUAGAUAUAGAAAAAUUAUUCCAUGUGCGACCAGUAACACAGGGAGAUGUCUACAGAGCGGAAACUGAGGAAAUUCCUAAAAUAUUCCAGAUUCUAUAUGCCAAUGAGGGCGAGUGCCGAAAAGAUUUGGAAGCAGAACCAGUUCAGCCACCAGAGAAGACAACCUUUCUGAAUCAUAAAGGUCAUGAAUUCAUCCCAACAUUAUACCACUUUCCAGCCAACUGUGAGGCUUGUGCCAAGCCCCUCUGGCAUGUAUUUAAGCCACCACCUGCAGUAGAAUGUCGGCGAUGCCAUGUUAAGUGCCAUAGAGAUCACUUGGAUAAAAAGGAAGAAUUAAUUGCACCAUGUAAAGUGAGUUAUGAUGUAACUUCAGCAAGAGAUAUGUUGUUGUUAGCCCCCUGUCAAGAAGAUCAAAAGAAAUGGGUUUCUCAUUUAGUAAAGAAGAUCCCCAAGACACCACCAUCCAGUUUUGUUCGUGCUUCCCCCAGAACUCUUUCCACAAGGUCUUCAGCAAAUCAGUCAUUCAGAAAAGUUAAGAAUGCAUCUGGAAAAGCUAGGUCAAAGGAGUAUGGAUCUGUGGGGGACAUUACCCAUUCAGAAAACUCAAGUUACUGUUAACAAUAUAUGCAGCACUCCAUGGAAUCUGGCUGAGUCUGAGAAAGCUGUGCUUUUUUCCCGCCAUACAGGGCAGUGCAGACUGGUUGUUUGUUCCCAUGCAAUUAUCACAGGCUUCAGGGCUAAGACUGCUAUUACUCUCUCCUCCUUGCUUUGGCACAAAAAGCACGCUGAGGGUGUCUUAUUGCGGGUUUGCCUUAAGGUAGAUUAGAUUAAUUAUUACUAUGUAAUGCAAGUAAAAGCAAAUAAAGCUUAGCUAGAAAUAAGUUUAAACUGCUGCCUUUUUGGAUUUCUAAAAAAUAAAACCGCCAGCUAAUCAUGAUGGAAUGCAGUGAGCUUUUCUUGUAUUAAUGAGAAUAAGAGGACUAUUUACCCUGUGGGAAGGAUAUUUAUAUCAAGAUAAGCACACAAAUAUGAGGAUAGAAAGAAGGUAUCUCAAACUGAGGACUGAAUUUUCUUUGAAGACUCGAAGUUGUGCAGAAAACAGCAAAAUUUGCUUGAAAACAAAUAUAAUCACUUGUGCCUUUUCUGCAUUGUUGUUAAUGCUAAUAAUUCAUCAUGACAGCUCAAGGUGUUAAAUAUUUUGCUUUACAAAAUACUGAUUCUGCAUAUUUGUAAAGGGGGAGAAAAUGAGUAAUUGCAUGUAAUCUAUGCAUUGUUGCCAAGCCAUACAGAAUUUUACUUCUAGAGGCAUUAGAAACUAAGUUAAAACAACCAGGUUUAGAAGCAUAUUUUGGUACAUAUUUUUUUCUAUAAUUUGUAUAACAUAUUGCAUUAACAAUUUGAAGUGCUAAUUAUAGCAAAUACACACACCCCACAAAAUGUAUGCACUGUUUGAAAUGUAAAUUAUUGUUAGAACACUUUUAACGGAUGUUGCCCUUUUAGUGCCUUAAUUUGUUUUACUGCCAUGUCAAAUAAGUGUAGAAAUCUCAAAUACCUAUUAUGUGUCAGUGGUUUUAUUGAUCAAAGUAUUGUAGAAGCUAGUUCCAUUUUCAUGUGUACAAUUUUAAAUGAAAUUGCCUGUUACCAAGAGAGAUUUUAAUCAUAAAUACAAAAAGUAACAAAUGCUUGUACCACGAAUUUGAAACACCUAGAACACUUUAAAAUUCCAGAUAAUACAGGAAUUAAGUACAUUUUAAGCUCUUGCUUUGUAGCAGGAAUAUUAUUGUGGUAUGAACAGUAUGGCUUAUUUUAUUUUUUAACCAAAUACCUCUUCAGUAACUUAUAACAGCUUUGCAGUUGUGUAUUAAAUAAGAAGCACUGGAAAACUGAUUCGUCUACAUGACGAUUUGCAUGUUUAAAGUGGUAUUGAAAGCCACACUAAUAGAUAUGUAAUAAGCAUAUCUGUUAUUACUAUGGUAAUGACUCGUGCUCAUUUAAUACAAAAUAAAACUAAUUUAUGGAAGAACUAUUUUGAACAUGACUGUGGUAUUUUUCUCCAGAAUACACUUCUUAGGAAGUUUGGGAAAUUAUGAUGCUUUACAAACAGAUAACUGUCAGCAUAUUUAAAUCUGAUAUGAACUUGAUAAAAAAAUUUAAUUACAUUUUUAUAAUGUCAUACUACAUUUUAAUACAGGGUAAAGUAGAAAAAAAUUCAUAGGACUUUGAAGAAUUUAUUUUGAUAUGUGAAUUGUUAAAUCCCAUUUAGUAAGCACAUAAUGACUUUCAUCAAAAGGAAAUUAUACCAGGUACACAGCUCUUAAAAGAGAAUAUUUACAUAUAUUUUAAUUUAUAAUUAAGUCAUGAUUAGUAGUAAAAACCUGUCAAGCUUAUUCUGCACUCUUUGGAAGUCAGUGAUACUGUGCUAUUCCUAAACAGAAGUAGCAUGGACUCUUAAUUAGAUGAUGAGAUGGGGAUGGCCAGAGAAGACUGACAACAAAUUAAGAGUUGGGUUGUAGCAGGGCAGACCAAGAAGAAGGUCAGAAUUGUUCAGGAACAGAUUUUCUUAAAUCGGGCGUUGAGGAAGGAGAGGAAAAUGGUUUGAGGAAGGAAAAGGAAAGACGGAAUGGAGGGCGGUAUGGCUAAGCUGCCAAAAGCAGCAACUGGGAGGGAGAGACACAGGAGAGAAGGCAAUAGAUGAGCUUGUGACAGCCACAGAGUAAGAAUUGGUGUGAGAGGGAACAUGCAAGAAGAGGUGGAGCAGAGAGGUGGACCACUGUAAGUUCUUAAAACUGAACAGGGAAGCAACACUGGAAAUAAGUGGGGGCUGAUAUGGCCAAAGUGAAGGAAGGAUGAACCCACCUUAAGGAGAAGAAAACGGAUAAAGGCCAGCAAGUGAUUUGGGCAGAUAGUGAUUUUGGUGCUUGCUUCCCCUGGUUCAACGGGUGCGGGUUUUUUAUUCUGUUUUCUUGAUUAAAGUUGUAUAAUUGUACACUGUUUCCAUGAAGAUGGAUAGAAAAUAAAUGUUUAUUUACAGAUGGGUAUAAACAUUACCUGUAAAUGUGCAAUUUACAGCCUUUUUGCCAGAUUAAGAAUUUUGGUAGAGGGGAUGAGGGGUGCCUAGGAGGGAGGAUAAGAGAGUACUCACAAUACAUAUGGUAGCUUAAUAGCAACAGAACUAACAUAGAAUUUGAUAGGAGAGGGAGAAGGGUAUUGAUGCAGAACAAUACUGAUCCUUGCUGAAAGCUAUGUGGUGACAUUUCAUGAGUGUUCGCCUGUUACAUUCUGGAGAAUUAUGCCUAAGCCCCAAAUUUAGGGUGCCCAAUUGGUUUCAUCUCCAGGGCAUAUUGUUAUAUUCAGGAAUCAAUUCCUAUGGUGCGUAGGUGAACCUGUUGAAAUAUUGAUUCCUGCCCAGUUCUGAAUUUGGUAUCAGGCCUCUCCUCCACGCAAUAUUGUGAGUUAAUGUUCCCAUUUAAGUUAUGUAUUGUAUCAAGAUCUGAUAUAUUUUCUCAGUAUUGUUUGUUUUCACUGUGCUGUUUUGUUCUCUGGUGUUCCUCAACCCAUAUGUAUAUAUCUUCUACCUUAUCAGUCCACUUCAUGAAUCAUUUGGAGUAGCUGUUGCCUGUAAAACAUUAUGCUGCAAUAAACCAAUGAGUCUGUAAAAUGUCACACAAGUUCAUUAUUGUUUCUUUAGAAUGCUAUGGCUACUAUUAUGGAUGAAGUGUGUUCUCAAUAAUCAGAACAAUAAACAUCUGCUACAUAUACGGUAAUUCUUAGAAUAUGAAUUUUGUAGGGGAAAAGAAAGUAUAGAAUUAAGAGAACAAUUGGAAAAACCACCUAUUGAUAAAUAUUCAUUGGGCCUAACAGAGUGUAGACUUUUCCUCAACCCUCUGGAGACAGAAGGAAGAGUUGGACUAGAGGAAAUUCUUAUCUUGAGAGAAGGCUGUUGGAAGAUUUAAAGCUGGCAGUUCAGUGACUCCAAGACUUACUGUGCUGCUUACUCACAGCCAGGUGCAUGAGGUGGCCAUUU